CCCGACGCCUUCGCGCUGAUCUCGCGGACGGGGAGUUUCUCAUCCGCUCAUCCAACAUGGAGCCCCUGCUAGGAUACCCCGUCAAGUCGUCGGUGCCCAAGGCUCGGAAGCUGAUCCUCUUCCUCAGUACGGCGUUAUGUGUGGGGACUUUGUUUUUACUACAAACCAAAGUAUUCAAACCCAGGAAAGCGAAGGACUUCUAUUCCUUCGAGGUGCGGGAUAUCCGGGGGAGGACUGUUUCUCUGGAGAAAUACCGAGGAAAAGCAUCUCUGGUUGUCAACGUGGCGAGUCACUGCGAGCACGCGGAGCGCUCUUACCGCGCGCUGCAGGAGCUGCACCGCGAGCUGGGCACGUCACACUUCAACGUGCUCGCGUUCCCCUGCGGACAGUUCGGCGACACGGAGCCGGGCAGCAACCGCGACAUCGAGGCUUUCGUCAAGUCCAACUUCGGGGUCACUUUCCCCAUCUUCAGCAAGGUUAAAAUAAUGGGCUCGGAGCCAGAUCCAGCUUUCAAGUACAUCACGGAUUCAGUCCAGAAGAUGCCAAAGUGGAACUUCUGGAAGUUUCUGGUGAACCCAGAAGGCAAAGUGGUGCGGUACUGGAAGACCGAGGAACCAAUGGAGCAGAUUCGGCAGGAGGCAGCAGCACUAGUGCGAGAGAUCAUCCUGAAGAAAAGGGUGGAACUCUAACUGGCAUUUUGUCAUGAUCCAAAGACAUGUUGCUCAAAUGAAUUUAGUGUUUUUUCAGUUCCAAGAUGUAUUUAUCCACUUUGAAGCAUUCUGAGCCCAGCCACCUGAUCUAUGGAAUGAUUAUGUCCAAUCAGACUGGCCAAGCCAUACAGGGAGUCUUUGAAUAACCACUUGCCUGCAUUCCUCUGGUACCGUUGCCUGAAUAGGGACCCAUUUUUGGUCCGAAUCACAACAAAUAUCUAAUGCCUGAAAUUCAUGGGAUAGCCAUGGAAGCUUUUUCAGGAAUGUAGAAACAAGCAAUCUGAAGUCACAUAAAGGGUCAUGAAAGAAUACAAAGGUCUUUAGGGAUUAGUCCGUUAAAUACAACAAUUUGUAUAGUACAGUAAGUGACUACAUGGAAAAUUGAGCAAUUUGACAGAAGUGUCAGCGUAACAUUUUGACAUGCGGUGUGGAAUUAAUGCAUUUAUGUGAAGAGGGUGUUUCUGGGCUGAAACUACAGUACAUGACCCUAGUUUCAAACCUGCAGUAUUUUUGCUCAAUGCCUCUAGGUUAUGAGCCAUUCCAGGCUUACUGUUUCUUUUAUUCACUGCAAACCAUUUCAGUGGCACUUUGAUAUCAUGGUCUAGUUAGUAGAUUGGAUAGAUUUUUUUUUUUUAACUGAGGGUCCACAUAUUAAGUUGUUUUGUUUUGCCUUUUUUAACUGUAACAUUUGACAGCUGAACUCUAUUGCCCUUUUUUACAGCUUCAGAUAAAUUAGAAUGAUUGUGGCAUCAUCGUGUUUGUAUGCAAGUUUUAUUGCAUACAGUUUUGCUGUUAUGACAUAAAGCAGUGUAAGUUACCUUGCUGAAUAAGGUGUGUGGGCUGAUAACACUACAUAGAGUUCAUUGU